UGCUAGACAUACUAUUGUACACACGCCUUUGACCAUGCAGCUCUAAUGGUUCGAUUUAAUUAUCACUUGUAAUUGCCGAUUUACUUCCUUGAAUAAAGUCCUCCGUGUAAUCGCAAUACUCUGAGCCUCCUAGUCAUUACAUAAACUCAAGGAUGUCGUCGCCAAGCCCAUCUCCGCAGGACUUCGCCAAGCCCGACGCCGUCACAGGGGGCUGCCUCUGCGGCGCCAUCCGCUUCAGGAUCGAGUUCCCCAAAGACCACGACUUCUUGAAGAACAGCCAAUCCUGCCAAUGCACCCAGUGCCGCCGCGGCUCGGGCGGCCUGAUCUGGCACUCCCACACCGUGCCCGCUGCGAACCUGGCCUACACGACGCCGACCACGGAGCUUAGGAGCUUCUCGGCGACGCGGGGAGUCCAGCGCGGCUUCUGCGCCAAGUGCGGCAGCUUCCUGCACUGGAAGGAGGACGAGAGCCGCGAGGUCUACGUCUCGGUCGCCUGCGUAGACCCGGAGUUCCUCCGCGAUGGUGAAGGUGGCGGGUACGGAUACGCGCUGGCGAAUUCUUCAAGGGGCCAUAUCUACUGUGAGAACGAGAUCAGGGGUGUUAAUGAAGGGUGGGUUGGGAAGAAGGAAAACAGGUGGGAAAGGGAAGAGCUUCAUGUUGAACCCAAGGCAGAAUUAUGAGUCUUCUCGAAUGUCUUGAUCAAGUAUAGGGUGUCAGAAUUUCAAUGGACCCAUGAGUUGUACUAGGCCGUGGCUUUCAAGUCAACGGUCUUGUGCUCAUGCUUUUUUCCCCACGAGAUUCUAACAGAACAGAUUCGUUUUCGAAUGAAUCCUCAAAUAUACCGUCGUAGAAAACGAAAACUGAGGUGAAUCGAAGCCAAGCGUUUACCGAAAGGAACGGAAGCGUUUUAUUCGGUGUAUGAACAAGAUGUAUACUACUCUAUAAGUUUCUUGAACUCAUGGAUCCACCAGUCGUCGAC